GUUCCACACGAUUAGGAAAUAAUUCGCGUGUCAGUGUCAUCUUUCUUAUGCUAAGUGGCUGUCUUUGAAGGCGGAUCUUUUGGCAGGUUGGACCGGGACCGAGGCGGCUCGGAGCAGCUCAGACAAGCGCUGCCACCAAACGCAUCAACAGCCCGCCUCCCAGGAGCACAGCCAUUCCGUACUACUUGUGGCAGACGUGUGAUUUUUUUUACCACCGAGGAUGUUUGUUUGAGUCGGACGUCAUUGUGACCCAAGGAAAAAAAAAAAAAAAAGCAGGGGAGGAGGCGCUCGACUUGGAGUGUGAGUGAGGCUCUUCCAACUUCUUGCGCUGGGACGGAAAGCACGCCGCUGCGAGACAACGCCGGACGGAAAAGUCGCAUGAAACGAGAGGAUGGAGGAUCGAGUGAUUUCACUUGGAAUGCAUGGCCAAGGAGAUUUUUUUUCUGCACACAUUUGAGGCUUUGAGAGAUUGACUGAACACGCAUGCUGCAACUCUUGAAUCACAAACAGCGCGCCCGACAGCAUGGGCUGCAACGCACUCUUCCUUCUGCAAGACUCUAUUUUUGGAACAGAGUGGGAUUUGCGUUUUUAUUGAAGUUUGGUGGGCAAGGUGGUCUUGCAAUUGAAAGCCGUGUAAGUUAAGACACUCUCAUCUGGUUUGACGAAAGACUUUGCUGUUGUGUAAGAUAACCAAUGGUGGACAGUUUUUUUCAUUGCUUUUCAACUCCAUUCGUAAGGAUGUGUUCAAUUACAAACCUGAACCUUACACUGUUCAUUUUGCUGGUGCUGCGCAUCACUGAGAGCUCAGCCAUUAGCUCCAUUGACCCUGACUGGCCAGGAGAGGGCAAAUGUCAACAAAUCAGCAUCCCCCUGUGUAAGGACGUUGGCUACAACAUGACUCGCAUGCCAAAUCUCAUGGGCCACGAUAACCAAAAAGAAGCAGCCAUGCAGCUGCAAGAAUUUGCAACGCUGAUCCAGUUUGGAUGCCACAGCCAUCUUAAAUUUUUUCUUUGUUCGCUUUAUGCCCCCAUGUGCACCGAGCAAGUGUCCAACCCCAUCCCUGCUUGCAGAGUCAUGUGUGAGCAGGUCAAAGUGAAGUGCUCCCCAAUUUUGGAACAGUUCAACUUCCCCUGGCCGGACUCGCUGGACUGCUCACGGCUACCCACCAAAAACGACCCCAACUACCUCUGCAUGGAGGCGCCCAACAACGGCUCAGACGAACCUCCCAAAGUCUCGCACACCCAGCCACCCGAUUUCAGACUGCACCGGCCCCUGAAUGGAGCGGACCUGCACCCGAAGGACACCGGCAGCAGAAAGAAAUGCAGCAACCCUGGCAAGUUCCACUUUGUUGAGAAAAGCGAAUCGUGUGCCCCAAAAUGUUACCCUAAAGUGGAUGUCUACUGGAGCCAAGGAGACAAGCAGUUCUCCUUGGUAUGGAUCGCCAUCUGGUCCAUCCUGUGCUUUGUCUCCAGCGCUUUCACUGUGCUCACUUUCCUCAUUGACCCCCAGCGCUUCAAAUACCCGGAGAGGCCCAUCAUCUUCCUCUCGAUGUCCUACUGUGUUUACUCUGUGGGCUACCUGGUCCGGCUUUUCGUGGGAGCUGACAGAAUCGCCUGUGACAGAGACAACGGGGUCCAGUAUGUCAUCCAGGAGGGCCUGGAGAGCACCGGCUGCACUAUAGUGUUCCUGAUCCUGUAUUAUUUUGGCAUGGCAAGCUCCCUUUGGUGGGUCAUCUUGACUCUCACAUGGUUUCUGGCCGCCGGAAAGAAGUGGGGUCACGAAGCCAUCGAGGCCAAUAGCAGCUACUUCCACCUUGCGGCGUGGGCCAUCCCGGCCGUGAAGACCAUCAUGAUCCUGGUGAUGAGGAAGGUGGCGGGAGAUGAGCUGACGGGUGUUUGCUAUGUAGGCAGCAUGGACGUCAAGGCGCUCACGGGCUUUGUGCUUAUACCUCUCUCCUGCUACCUUAUCACGGGCACCUCCUUUCUCCUGUCUGGCUUUGUGGCUCUCUUCAACAUCAGGAAGAUCAUGAAGACAGAAGGGGAGAACACAGACAAGCUGGAGAAGUUGAUGGUUCGUAUCGGGGUCUUUUCUGUGCUUUACACCGUCCCGGCCACGUGCGUCAUUGCCUGCUACUUCUAUGAGCGACUCAACAUGGAGUACUGGCGCAUGCUGGCUACGGAGGACAAAUGUAAGGACAACAGUGGACAGGAAUCUGAGUGCCUUUUGACCACGUCCAUUCCCGCCGUUGAGGUCUUUAUGGUGAAGAUCUUCAUGCUGCUGGUGGUGGGCAUCACGAGCGGCAUGUGGAUCUGGACUUCCAAGACCCUGCAGUCGUGGCAGAACGUAUUCAGCCGGAAACUACGAAAGAGAACGAGAAGGAAGGCGAGCAGCGUGUUCACCAGCAGCCGACCUUACAUGAAACCUCACCCGUCUCUCAAAGGGCACGCUACUAAGUACGAACCCACGCGGCCCCCUCCUACAUGUGUAUGAGCUGGCUCUUUCCCUGUGUAUAAACCCCAGAAAACACUGCGAAACCCUGGCCAUGAGACAUUUUAUUCAAGAGUGCCAUGAUGUAUUUAUGCAAGCUGCACUGAAUAUCAUGCAACGUGUUUUGUUGUUGUUGUUGUUGUUGUUGUCGUAUCUCGAGCAACAAGAGCUGCCUUUGUUUGGAGAAAAAAAACCUGCUUCUCGUCUGUUAUCCUACUGAGGAUCCUGGUGGAGAAAAAAAAUGUGCUGUUUCAAUUAUGAGAAAAGGAGCGGAAUAACCAAUUGAGCUGUGCCAUGGGGUUAUUUAAAUAAUGUGCAAUAGAUGUUUUGCUUUCAUGCGACAAAGACACUUGUACUGUUUAGUGGAAGAUUACAGACGAAGAAAGGACCCCAGAGACAAUGGAGGCAAAUGGUCAGAGAUGAGUGUUGUGUUUAGAGGCUUUUUAAUGGAAAUGGAGACUGGCGGUGUCAUAUAUGUUUGAACUGGAGCGAGAACAGCUGUUGAAAAGCAGCCCAGACCUUCUCAACUGCCUUUUGUCAAGCAAAUCCAUGCUGUAAAUUAAUUAAGCACUCUGUAUUGAAAAGUUGUUCGUAUGCGCUUUGGAGUUUUCGGUUGCUGUUUUAUAGCACAAGAAAAUGUUUGUAUGUAUUUCUAAAACUGCAGAUUUUAUUAAAAAAACGUUUUAGUUUUAAA